CAAGCUUUUAAAUCUUAAGCUGUGUUCAAUCUCGAUUCCCUUCCUCGCCUUUUUUCAGUCUCAUCAUCCCGACGGAAUUCACAAUGCCGUACAACACCACUGCGAUCCCUCCUCGCAAGGAGGUUACAGGCCAGACUCAGCUUCCCUUGUCACGAGUAAAGAAAAUCGUAGCCCAAGAUCAAGAUAUCAGCAUAUGCUCCAACAAUGCCGCCUUCGUCAUCACACUCGCAACCGAAAUGUUCAUCCAAUACAUGGCAGAGCAAAGCUACAGCAUGGCCCGUCUAGACCGCAAACCGCGCCGGAACAUCCAAUACAAAGACCUAGCCGCCGCCGUCUCUGCGAAAGAGAACCUCGAGUUCCUCGAAGACGUAGUACCCAAAACCUCAGUAUACAAGCAAAUUAAAGCACAAGCAGCCGCCACCCGCGCACAGCUUAAUAACGGCACCUUCGCGGCUCCGGGCGAUCGACCCGAUGACUCACCUGAGAUAGGAAUGGCAUUUGGUAGCACAGCGAACGGAUCCGGAAGUAGUAAGAAACAUCGCCCGAGUACAAGCCGCUCGAGUUUGAAUGGCGGCGCGGGGAGUUUUGUAGGCGCUAGUGGUGCUCAGAUCGUGAGUGAGGAUGAUGGAACGGAGGCCGACCCCGCGGAUCAGUUGCGCAGUGAGAUGAGGCAGGCGAAUCGUGGUCAGGGGGAUGUGCAGAUGUCCGGUUAGGAACCGUUAUUCGGCAAAUGGAUUAUGCGUAAAUAGGUUAUGCGAUUAUAUUGCAUUGGACUCAAGAUUGCGAUUGGGGGCUUGGGUUUAGGACCAAUGGAUAUAUGAUGCGAAGCAAUCUCUAUAUUUGAUGAAUGACCAAUAAAUCGUGAACAUGCACGUCUUU